AUGACAUUAUCAUUAUUAUUUAUUCCUAGAAACCGCAAAGUAGAUUUUGAUGUUGAAAUAAUAAUAGAGGAACUUUUAAAUGUUCCUUUAAUAUCAGGACUUUAUUAUGUGAAAUGGAAAUUGAAACAUGGAUCAAAAUCAAAUAAGAUGACUCAUAGAGCACCUGUUAAAGAUCAUUCAGUGCGUUGGCAGUAUAAAUUACAAGAUAGAGUACAACUUGUUAUAGGCAAAGAUAAUUUCUUAUUACCCUGCGCGUUGUCUCUAUCGAUAAAACAGGAGUUAAAUGGUGGCAAAGAAAUCAAUAAUAUUGGAAGAUUAAAAAUCAAUCUUUCUGAAUAUGUUGGACCUUCGUUAAAGAAAACUCAAAUAUAUAGUGGUCUUACUGGAAUUAUAUCAGAUCGUGAUGUAGAAGAUGACGAAGUAUCAAUUGUUGGAUUAAGUUUUAAUUUUGAAGAACAUUACAUGGUAAAAUCUAGAUCAACAUCUUCAUUGAGAUCUGCUUAUUAUGCACAAGCAAAUCACACAACACCAAUAACUUCAUCAUUGGCAGCAAAUAAUUUUCUUCUUAGUGUUGGUGGCAAAUCCUCAACUGAUGUUAUUGAAGAAAUAUUUAAGGGAAAUGAUCCUAACAAUGUUAAAGACGAUGACACGCGUAGUAUUUCAGGACAUUCAGCAUUUUUCUAA